AACGAAAAAGGUUAAAGUUCACAGGAAGCUGGGGGGCUGCCAUUUUUCCCUGCUAACAUUUUAGAUGCUAAACAGGGAAGGGUGGUCGUCGUGUUUUUUAUUUAACUUACUCGGACUAUUGAGCUUUACACACUAUUUGUUUCGCCACCCCUAGUCGCUAACCUAAAUUGAUGUUGAAUGAAUUCGGCAUGGAGAGAAUAGCGGAGCAGUCGUGGAAUUCUUCAUACACCUAUCAGGUGAGCAAUCAUAGCGCGGAGAUGCUACACAACCUCAACAUUCAGAGGAAAGAUGGAGGCAGGUUUUGCGAUGUGAUCUUGCGCGUUGGCGAAGAGAGCUUCCCUGCCCACAAGGCGGUACUGGCGGCGUGCAGCGAGUACUUCGAGUCCGUUUUUGGUUGUCAACCGGAGGGCGACGGGGAGGCAAAAGAACUCGAGAUGCAUACGAUAAGCCCCAAAGUUUUUAAAGACAUUUUGGACUUUGUCUACACCUCUAGGAUUGUGGUACGAUUGGAAUGUUUCCCCGAGUUGAUGACAGCUGCUAAGUUUCUGUUAAUGCGUUCUGUCAUCGAGAUAUGCCAAGAAGUAAUAAAACAGUCCAAUGUACAAAUCCUUAUACCACCCUCUCGAGGAGGCGACGUCAGUUUGUUCCGUGCCACGGGGGGCUCUGAAUUGGGUUUCAAAUUAGCGGUAGACAUGUCAAAUGGGAAUGGCUUGUUGGAAAAUAGCAACAAUGGGCACACACAUAAUGUGGGCGGAAGUCAUGCCAAUGACACUCUUGUUUCGGAUAGCAGCCCCCAGUCCACUAUUCCAGUUCUGCAGCCCGUGUCUCCAUCAGAGAAGACGGGCAACCCGUUCCAAGAAGAGGGAUCUCCGGGUUCUAAGAGAGGCAGGGGACGACCAAAGAAAGCGACAGCCAUAGAGCAUAUACAUUAUAACCACAGCACCUCUGACGUUAAAGACAUUGAGCAGCUAUUUCCUUGUGGAAUAUGUGGCAAAGCAUUUACAGAGGCUGUGCGGUUGAGAAAUCACGAAGCGCAGCAUGGAGCGUCCAGCCAUGGCGCGAGUAGCGGAGGCGGCCCUACCUUGAUAACGCACUCUGGUCAGCCCGGUCUGUUGGAGAAUGGCAUGCCCUUGCAUGGAACAGUAGAUAUCAGCCGUAAACGAGAGAGGACGAGACGUCACGUUGGCUGUGACAUUUGUGGAAAGGUAUUCCGGGAUGUCUACCACCUGAACCGACACAAAUUGUCUCAUUCCGGGGAAAAGCCAUAUGCGUGCCAUGUCUGUGGCCUGCGAUUCAAGCGCAAGGAUAGGAUGUCAUACCAUGUGCGGUCACACGAUGGAUCUGUGGGAAAACCUUACGUCUGUCAAAGCUGUGGAAAGGGGUUUUCAAGGCCAGACCAUCUUAAUGGACACAUCAAGCAGGUUCACACAACAGAGAGACCCCAUAAGUGUCAGAUUUGUAAUGCCUCCUUUGCUACGAGAGAUCGUCUGCGGUCCCACCUGGCUUGCCACGAGGACAAGAUCCCGUGCCAGGUAUGUGGGAAGUACCUCCGGGCUGCGUACAUGACCGACCACCUCAAGAAACACAGUGAAGGACCUCACAACUACUGUAGCAUAUGCAACAAAGGUUUCUCCACUGCAUCCUACCUUAAGGUGCACGUAAAAACGCACCACGGCUCGCCAUUGCUCCCUGCUACCGCCCCAGCACACGGUGCCUUCCCCGAGCCGCAGAACCACAGCGGUGCCCUCUACCACACGGGACGCCAGUGCGCAGUGGAAGACCUGUGCACCAGUCGCCGGCUGCUGGUCACCUUUCAAGAGGCAGAGGGUCACUGCUUUCUCCCCCAGCCCGGCCCUCCCUUCCUGGGCCUGCAGCCCGAGCUGCUACUGGGGAAACCAGGGCCUGGGGGGGCUCCGUAUUUCUGGGAAUGCUCUGCCGGCCCGCCUGGGUUCCAACCCCUCCAUGGGCCUCUGCCAGACGGGCAAGAGAAUGCCGGGAAAUGUCCCCAUCAGGGAGAAUCUGAGGGAGACGAGCCGUCUUUCAGGGAGCUGCCCAAUGGCGACGAGAUGAAAUCUCUGCAUAAGUCUGAGGGGGAGGAGCUUGGGUCUCCGACACCAUUCGCCUGCAACGGAGCCUCUGCUGGUACCGGGACAGUGCCGGGGUCGCCACCAAGUGACGCUAAAGCCAAGACCAGCCAGGACUCUCCAGAGAAAAAGUUCCCCUGCAGCGAGUGCACCCAGACCUUCCGAACAAAAUCCUACCUCAACAAGCACGUCAACAGAGUGCAUCAUCAUGGGGUCCAGAAGAGUCUGGUGGUGGGUGCAGGGUCGGGGUCAGGUCUGGGGGAGUUGGGUCCUUCGCUGGGCUCGCCCUUCUCCCCACAACAGAACAUGUCUCUGCUGGAGUCGUUUGGCUUCCAGAUUGUCCAGUCUGCCUUUGCCUCGUCGCUGGUGGACUCUGAGGCAGGGCAUAGUGGGAUGGACCUGGGGGGGAAGUGACCCGUACGCCCUAGGUCUGUUCAGCCUAUCAGAUGGAAGGGAAUGAUGUUGUCUUUAGACUACUUUGCUGUUCAUUGCAUCAUCUCUCACUGUUGUUGUUUAUCACCUUCUGUUACCUUUCUGUGUCAUGGACCUCGCUAUUACUAUCAAUAUAAAUGUUCCAUUUCAUAGCAAUAUAUAGAAUGUACAUAAACGUGAAUCAUUUUAACAUUAAUCAACUUCAAAAGCUUUUUUGAAUCUGCUGUCUGUCUUUGAAGUCUACCGUCAGUCAUGUUUUUGUCUUUAUCGUGUUUGUAUUGUUUAUGACAUGACCAUCCGCUUAUGAUCCAUUACCAAACACAUGCACAUAUAAGAAACAUAUAUUAGUCAAUGCUGUUAUUGUUAUGUCUGGUCCAGGGUUUUUUCUCAAUCAAAAUGGGGCUUAGGUGGUGGAUGUGGCAGUGGGUGUGGCCAUGGAGUCCCGAUUGGGCACCGAGAGAAAAUUUCCUGCAAUUUCACCAAGCUAAUUCCUUGCAGUUCCACACAUUUUAUCAUGGCGCUGGGGGGGGAUUUCCUGCGAUUGUACACACUUUACCAUGGCUUAUGCGCAUUCUUAUGCUAGCUGAGUGACUCAAACAUUAAAACAAAAUCAAUGGGGGACAUUUUUGUUUUUUUACAUUUUAGUUUCUCCCCGACUGUGUAGUUUUUAAAAUUUAGAUCCAAAGAGGAUCUGUUUGAAAAAUAAAUAUGCCUAGGUCCAUUAUCUUUUCAACAUACGUUAUAUCUGGGUUUAGCCGUUUACACUGAAAACGUUUUCACUGUUUGGAUUUAGGCGGCCCGGCCAAGACUUUUCUAUGCAGAAAAAACCCUGAGGUCCUAGUCAUAUUGGUAAUCUGUGGGUUAGUACAUAUGUUGACUGGGCCAUUUUGAAAUGCUUUGUUAUCUACAUGGUUUUCACAGCUGCAGUGACGCCUUCUAACCCAAGGUUCCCCCUUACUUCAGACAGAGCCUCUGAUGGGACGAGGCUGCAGAUGGACAUCUAGUCCAACUCCGAAUAUAAAGGAAAGGGAGAUACCUAGUCAGUUGUACGACUGAAUGCAUUCAACUGAAUAUAAUCAGUCAAUUAUACCAGUUUCUGCAGGGCAAGAAUAUAACCUUAUGCCUCAGUAUGGCUGUUACAUUUGAUAAUGUUGUAUUCUAUUAUUAUGACAUUUUAAAGAACUGAUAUAUUUGUUAGUCACAUACUUGUGAAAUCAGUUCUGGGUAUUCAACAGGGACCAAGUUCAGGUUUGACUAUUAGAAAUCGUGAGAAAUGUAGAAUAUAUAUUUUAUUAACUUAUUGAUUGCCCUGUCCGUGUUGUGCACAAAGUUUUUUUAUUUUUUAUAAAUCAACGUUUGAGAUGUCGAUGUGCUGUGCUGAUUUUACUCUUUAAGUUAUGCUAGAGACGGGAGGCCUACUAGGGAGUGACAAAAAGAGUAUGUAUGCAGAAAUAUCUGUGUGUGUGUGCGUGCAUGUUUGGUGCUCUGAUAUGUGUGCUUUUGUCCUCAGAAUGUAAUCAACCAGAAGGCUUUUGAUCUUUAAUUUGUUUCAGAUAAUUUUGCUCUAUUACUUUCAGUACAUUCCUGCUUUUAUUUAUAGUUAUAUUGUGAUUGUAAUGAGUGUAAUAUAACAUGCGUAUAUAUGUGAUCAAACCUAAUGAUUGAUUUUAAUAGUUUGUCAAUUAAUGGGGAUCCUGCGUGUGUGUAUGUGUGUGUGUGUGUAUAUAUAUAUGUUUUUUUCCUUCCUUGCCGAUGAUGGAAAGAGGUGUGGAGGUUUUGGUGGUGGUGGUGGUUUGAUUUGAAAGGUUUUCCUCACAGUGCACACCCAUGGUCUGCUGUGUACUGUUCUGGAUAUAAAUGUUUUUUGGGGGUGUGGAUGGUGACGGAGGUUUCGCUUUUCACUGAAGACCUGGGUUCAAAAAGUACUCGAAAAACAUUUGCUUGAGUCUGGCUGGAGUGACUGAUGGGUGGGUUUGCACUUUUGGGACUCUUCUAUUGUGCCAGGCAAGCUAAAUCAAAUACUAUUUGAACCCAGGCCUGGUUCACGGCGCUGUUACCUGGCUCUGGUAGUGUACACUACCCGUUUAGUGAUAGGACCCAUGGCUUUGAUCAAUCAGUCUGUUUAGGUCAUAUUAAGCUCUUUUUAUAUCCCCACUAAAUAGUGAUGCUUUUCACACAGCGAAUGGAGUACAAAAUCAUUUAUAAAGGCCUGUUUUGUGUUAUUUAUUGGAUAAGUGAGAGACGAUGCUGUUUAGAAAUAUGCCCUUAUAUAAUUGGUGGUUGUGGCAACACUUGGGAUCGCCCAUACAUGCUAAUCAAAUCAUCUGGUGGUAUUGUUUUAUUGAUCUCAUCUGUUUGGUACUUCAAUUUAUAGAUGUUUUGAUUGAUUGCUUGGAUACUUACCUUUGCUGUUUUCUUGUCUUAUUCUGUUGGUCUGUUGCAAAGUGCCUUCCCAAUACUGAUUGUGCACGGCAGUGGAUUUGAAACGCGAGAUUAAAAAACAGGACCUUUCUCUUGAAAUGGUAAAUCAUGCGCAGAUUGACUUGCAAUGACACUUUUGUACGCAUAAAAACAUGCACACACAGAAGAUGUACAUUUGUAUAUGUAUGUUACCUUGGUAUUUUAUCUCUGUACUCUGCAAGAUCGUUGAACUUUAAAAAAAAAAAAAUAUAUAAAAAAAAAUUGGAGUUACAUGUUUUGUUAUAAAACCUUUGGACAUAUUUCAAUAUAAGCAUACUUUUCUAUAGAUGUCUGUUUUUGUACACUGUUUUUGAGUCUGUCAUCUCUGUCUAAUUGAUACAGAGAUGGGGAUUCAAUAAAGAUGUAUCUGAAACUGUU